GAUGCCCUAAUCUCACUUCAAAUGGUCUAUCCUCGUCGGAACCUUUCAGCUGAUCAGUGGAGAAAUGCCCAGCUCUUGAGCCUCAUCAGUGCUCCCAGCACAAUGCUUAAUCCUGCACAGUCAGACACAAUGCCAUGUGAAUAUCUCUCUCUGGAUACAAUGGAAAAAUGGAUAAUUUUUGGAUUUAUUUUGUGCCAUGGAAUCCUGAAUAAUGAUACAACAGCUUUGACCCUUUGGAAACUUGCUCUUCAAAGCAGCUCUUGCUUGGCACUCUUUCGGGAUGAAGUUUUUCAUAUUCAUAAAGCAGCUGAAGAUUUGUUUGUAAACAUAAGAGGGUAUAACAAGCGUAUAAAUGACAUAAGAGAGUGCAAGGAAGCUGCUGUAUCACAUGCCGGUUCAAUGCACAGAGAACGGCGCAAGUUUCUACGGUCUGCACUAAAAGAGCUAGCCACUGUCCUGUCAGAUCAGCCAGGACUCUUAGGUCCUAAGGCCCUGUUUGUAUUUAUGGCACUAUCCUUUGCUCGUGAUGAAAUUAUUUGGCUGCUUCGACACGCAGAUAAUAUGCCUAAGAAAAGCACGGAUGAUUUCAUAGAUAAGCACAUAGCAGAACUGAUUUUCUACAUGGAAGAGCUUAGAGCACACGUACGAAAAUAUGGCCCAGUGAUGCAAAGAUAUUAUGUUCAGUAUCUAUCAGGUUUUGAUGCAGUUGUUUUAAACGAACUUGUACAGAAUCUUUCGGUGUGCCCUGAAGAUGAAUCCAUCAUUAUGUCCUCUUUUGUAAACACUAUGACUUCCUUGAGUGUGAAACAAGUUGAAGAUGGAGAGGUAUUUGACUUCAGAGGAAUGAGGCUUGAUUGGUUUAGAUUACAGGCUUAUACUAGUGUGUCCAAGGCUUCACUUAGUCUUGCCGACCACAGAGAACUUGGAAAGAUGAUGAACACAAUCAUUUUCCACACAAAAAUGGUAGACUCUUUGGUUGAAAUGUUGGUUGAAACAUCAGAUCUUUCUAUAUUUUGUUUUUACAGUCGUGCUUUUGAGAAGAUGUUUCAGCAGUGCUUGGAAUUGCCCUCCCAGUCCAGAUACUCAAUUGCAUUUCCGCUGCUUUGCACUCACUUUAUGAGCUGUACCCAUGAACUGUGCCCAGAAGAGAGACACCACAUUGGUGAUCGCAGUCUCUCCUUGUGUAACAUGUUUUUGGAUGAAAUGGCUAAACAAGCCCGGAAUCUUAUCACAGAUAUUUGUACAGAGCAAUGUACCCUAAGUGACCAGUUACUGCCAAAACAUUGUGCCAAAACCAUUAGCCAAGCAGUGAACAAAAAGUCAAAGAAACAGACGGGUAAGAAAGGAGAACCAGAAAGAGAAAAACCAGGAGUAGAAAGCAUGAGAAAAAAUAGGCUGGUAGUGACCAACCUGGACAAAUUGCACACCGCACUUUCUGAACUCUGCUUCUCUAUCAAUUACGUUCCAAACAUGAUCGUAUGGGAACACACCUUUACCCCAAGGGAGUAUUUAACAUCUCACUUGGAAAUUCGUUUUACCAAGUCAAUUGUUGGGAUGACAAUGUAUAACCAGGCAACACAAGAAAUUGCAAAACCUUCAGAAUUGUUAACGAGUGUCAGAGCUUAUAUGACAGUGCUCCAGUCAAUAGAAAAUUAUGUACAGAUUGACAUCACAAGAGUGUUUAAUAAUGUCCUCCUUCAGCAAACCCAGCAUUUAGAUAGUCAUGGGGAGCCAACCAUCACCAGUCUAUACACAAAUUGGUAUCUGGAAACUCUGCUACGGCAAGUCAGUAAUGGCCAUAUAGCUUAUUUCCCUGCGAUGAAGGCAUUUGUCAACUUGCCUACUGAAAAUGAGCUGACAUUUAAUGCAGAAGAAUAUUCAGACAUCUCAGAAAUGAGAGCCUUAUCAGAACUUCUUGGUCCAUAUGGUAUGAAGUUCUUAAGUGAAAGUCUUAUGUGGCAUAUUUCCUCACAGGUUGCUGAGCUCAAGAAACUUGUGGUUGAGAAUGUUGAAGUACUAACACAAAUGAGGACCAGUUUUGAUAAACCAGAUCAGAUGGCAGCUCUCUUCAAAAGAUUGUCAUAAAAUAUUAGUCCAGAGGAGGAAUAUAAAAUUGCUUGCCUUCUGAUGGUCUUUGUGGCAGUCUCCUUACCAACUUUGGCUAGUAAUGUGAUGUCUCAAUACAGUCCUGCCAUUGAAGGUCACUGCAACAAUAUCCAUUGCCUGGCAAAAGCAAUCAAUCAGAUUGCUGCAGCCUUAUUUACCAUUCACAAGGGAAGCAUUGAAGAUCGUCUCAAAGAAUUUUUGGCUCUUGCCUCCUCCAGUCUACUAAAAAUUGGCCAGGAGACAGACAAAACCACUACAAGGAACAGAGAAUCUGUUUACUUACUUCUUGACAUGAUUGUGCAGGAGUCUCCCUUCCUGACUAUGGAUCUUCUGGAGUCCUGCUUUCCCUACGUCUUGCUACGGAAUGCGUACCAUGCUGUGUACAAACAAAGUGUCACAUCCUCUGCCUGAAUAGCUACUUAUCUGGAGACCAAUUAAGCACGCCUCUCUGUUGCCUCAGUUUUACUUGUAAACUGUGGAGCUGUUUUCUUUUAUGGCCUGGCAGACUUUUGUGGAUUCUGAACUUUUUCCCAAUGCAGUUGUAUUUCUGACCAGUGGUUUCUUAAUAUGGUUGUAUUACAAUAUAAGCUUGGCUGAUUUUAGGUUGCACAUUUGCUGAAAUUAUCUCUUUAUUUUUUUUCUUUUUUAAGAGUCUCAAUUCUGUUCAAAAGAGAAAUGCUGAAGUUAUGGAGUUUUUUUCAUAUUUGAUCAUGCAGAAAUCAUAAUGGCUUGUUUAUCUCCAUGAAGAACUCUAUUUAGUGAUUAUUUUAGUGUUCCUAGUUUUCAUCUGUGUGUAAAUUAUUUCAUAUAGGGAGAAUUACAACCUGUACCUAUUGUUCUUAUCAGAAAUAAGAUCUGGAUGUGCAUUUCUGUGAACUACAACAUUUUUACUUUAUUUUUUUGAAACACUCACUCACAUUAAUGACAGAUGCUAUCUAAUAUUUUAAAAAUAAGUUAUAGGAUUGCUUAUCCUUAAACAAUCUUCUCCAUACAAUCUGAAAUGAGAAAAAGUGAUUUUGUUUGUAUAAAGCCUACAUAGUGAAAUUUUUUAAGACUAAUGUCCAUGGUGCCCCAUUGGCAUUAACACUACAUUGUAUCCUCCUGUAUAAUAAACAUUCUUAUGCAUUUAUCAAAUGUUGAUAAAAUGUUAGCCCUUAACCACUUUUUAUAUGUUUUAAAUUUUUGAAAUUCAAGUGUAUCUUCCAUUACAUACAAUAAACACUACACUGAAAUGUG